AUGGGGGCAGACACACGGGACCUGCUGCAACAGCAGCAGCAGGUAGUGCCAUCGCAGAAGCAGCAGCAGCAACAGCAGCAGCAAAAACCACCAUUGGCUCAACAGAAACAACCAUAUCCACUUGACGAACAACAGCAACAGCAGCAGCCCCGCCCAAGUCGGCGUGCAAAUCGCAACUUCCUUCAGCAGCGGCACCAUCAGGAUCAGCAGGACCAGCCACAACAACAGCAUCAACAGUUCCUGCAGCAGCCCAGGACGCGGAACAGAACGAACCCUCAGAGACGUCCUCGUCAGCAGCAGCAGCAGCAGCAGCAGCAAACUCCCGGCCUCCCGCCGUGGGAUCCACAGACAACAGAUCCCCCUACUGCAGAGAGGCCUGUGGGCCGCGUCUCAAGGGCUUCCCGCCGCGAUGCAGCAGCAGCAGCAGUAGUAGGAGAGGCUGGAGUAGGAGCUGCCGCCGCAGGGGCAGCAGGUCCUGCAUCGCCUGCCCGUGAGUGGGUCUCCGGCUCUCUGCAGCACCCAUUGCAGCAUUCACUGCAGCAUUCACUGCAGCAUCUUCAGCACCGUUGCUGGCAGCGGCUGGAGGGGCAGCAGCGGGAGGAUUACAGGGCAAUUCUGCCUUUGGGGGGUCUCGCGUCUGAGGCACUUCGCGUGCGACUGGACCACGGGUACCCUCUAGAUGUGAGGGGAGGGGGCCCUCAUCAGCCAAGACUGAGGCCGGCCCCCCCCCACUGUGGCUUCCUUGGGGCCUCCCACUUCUGUCUCCCCCUCCUAGGUCUGGCGCCGCAGGGGCCCCACGGCGGCGGGCCGCAGCCGUGGGCCCCCACCUUGCCUUUUGAGGCUACCCCAACAGCCCCACCGGCUGCCGCCUCGCUUCCGCCAGUACAACAGUGUUUUUACGUACAGGGUCCGCCGACACAACAGCAGCGCGGACAGCAGCCUCCCCAGCAGCACGUACAGCAUCAGCUGCAACAGUACCCUACUACCCUGCCCCAACUUCCCCCUCACCAUUUGCAUUCUUCAUCAGACUAUCCGUUCCUCUCAAUGAUGGGCGUCCCCACAAGGCCCCCGUUUGCUGGAGCUCCCAACGCAGAUGGCAGCAGCAGCAGCAGCAGCAGUAGCCCGUUGCAGCCAAGCGACACCUGUAACACGCAGAUGCUUGCUUCUGAAGCGGACCCGGUCGACUUCUCUGCUGCCCCAACAGCAGGGGCAACUGAAACGAGAGCGGUAACGGACACAGCAGCAGCAGCAGCCCCACAAACGCCUUCCAACGAAGGCACGAGGCCUGUUGAAACAGCAAGAUACGCGGCUGUAGGCAUCGCUGACAAGCGCGAAGGCGGUUCGGCAGCCAGUGCCACUUCGGUUGCUGCAGGAGCUGCAGCUGCAGCAGCCACUGCAGUAGCCGCUGCAACUACAUCACCUGCCCCAGGUCUGAACGGCGUCGUUGCUCUCGGCGCUUCUGUGGGUUGCCCCACUCCCUAUGCAGUCAUGAGCGAGGCACCUCUGCAGCAGCAGUCGUGGCAGCACUUGUCUCACCCGUACUGGCAAUCGUGGCAGCUGCAACAGCAGCAGUGGCAACAGCAGCUGCAGCAACAGCAGCUGCAGCAACACCACCUACAACAGCACCAGUUACAGCACCACCAGCUGCAGCACCACCAGCUGCAGCAGCAGCAGUGGCAGCAGUGGCAGCAGCAGUGGCAGCAGUGGCAGCAGCAGUGGCAGCAGUGGCAACGAAUGGAUAUGCCUGCUUACUCUUACCUACCCGUGCAGCAGCUGCAGCAGCAACAGGUACAGCAGCAGCAGCAAUAUGUAGGCCUGAUCCAGCAGCAGCGGCAGGAUUGGGGGCCUCAGAGGCCAGCUGGUACGAACAGGAGUCACCAGCGGGCGGCGCGGCGCGGCGUACAGCAACAGCACCACCAGCAGCAGCACCAGGCUGCCUCGGCCCCCCACUGCAGCAGCGCUGCCGGUCCCCGCAGAGGACUUCAGCGCCAGUGGCAACAGUCGGCCUUCCCAGUGGGAGGACAGACGGCGGACUGUAUGCCUCACAUUCCAUCGGAGUCCUGUGCGGCGGCGGCAGCGGCGGCAGCGGCGGCAGGUGCUGCACCAGUUGCUGCUUACCCGCUGCCGGUGCAGGCCCCUGCAGCAGGAGCUCCCGUCUGCGAGCCCACGGAUAACCGAAUGACCCGUACACCCGGUCGUAUCGUGGCUGUUGCUCCUGCGUGCAGUUACGCUACAGCUGUGCGCAGUGGGCCUGCGACUUCCUCCCCGCAGUCCGUACAGCAACAGCAGCGGCAGCAGCAUGGGCAGUGGGUGGCGCAAGCACGCAUUGGCAACCGAAAUAUAAGAGAUAUACCCUGCCGGCCGCGGUCGGUGCAAGAGGAGCGCCGCCUAGUUGACAACACGCAGCAGCUAGUUGAAGGGCCUCUCCGGGGCUGCAGGAGGCGUGCAACCAAGAGCACCCCACCUCCAGCUCCUGCUGCUGGUGCCCCAUCUCCUGCAGGGGGAAGCACUGAGGGAUUAACGGCGUUAUCGAGUAACACCUCAGCAGCUACAACCUCGGCUGCAGUAACUACACAAGAAGGGGGAAGGACAGGCAGCGGUAACAGUAGCUCAAGCGCACUGCACAGCGGCCGUUGCAGCCGCCGCAGCAGCAUGAACAGCAGGCCUAGUAGCAACAGAAACUGCACUAGGAGGAACAGCACCAGGAGUCUCGCCAGCAGCCGGAUGCUCCCCGAAGAAGGCUAUGCAUACACUAAAAACAUGGCCUAUCUAGCUCCACUUGUAGAGGCAAAGAAAGUUGGCCCUGGCGACUUCGUGCUGCUGCACGUUAUAGGCAAGGGCUCAUAUGGCAAAGUGAUGCUUGUCCGGUUCGAACAGGAUGGCCAGUUAUAUGCGCUGAAGGUUCUUCUUAAAGAAUCCCUGCUGCGUCGUAGCCAGGUGCAGCACACGCGCACGGAGCGGGCAGUCUUGGAGGCAAUCUCGCAUCCUUUUAUUGUGCAAAUGCACUUCGCAUUUCAGACACCGAAGAAGCUGUACUUUGUUUUAGACCUCAAAUCGGAAAAUGUUUUGCUGGAUGUUGAAGGCCACAUCCGGCUGACAGAUUUCGGCCUCUCAAAGAGCGGCAUCGCGGACAACAAUAGUGCCCGAUCCGUGUGCGGGACCCCCGAGUACAUAGCCCCUGAGAUUCUGUGUCAGGUCGGGCAUGGAAAAGCAGCAGAUUGGUGGAGUCUCGGGGCUUUGCUCUAUGAAAUGCUGACAGGCCUGCCUCCUUUUUACACGGCUAAUCGCCAAGCUCUCUUUACAAAUAUUCUCUGGGGAGGAUUGGAGUUCCCGGCUGAUCUGUCCCCGGCGGCCGUAGACCUCCUGAAGAAUCUACUGCACCGCGACGCCAAUGAGCGACUGGGCGCUGGGCCCUUAGAUGCAGAGGAGAUAAAGAGGCAUCCAUUUUUUGAAUCAGUAGAUUGGGACCUGCUUCUUGCAAAGAAAAUAGAGCCGCCUUUCAAACCCCACCUGCGCUCGCAUGAAGAUUCCAAGUACUUCCCGGCAGAUGUUAAACGAGAACCCGUUUUAUCGGAUGAAGGUGACGGGCCCGACGCAGCUUUUGGUACCGCCACCAGACGAACGAGAACACAACGGUCUCGCACGCCAGCUUCGCGCUCUACAGGGAACAGCAGCCGCAGCAGCAAUAGUAGAGUAGCAGCAGCUACAGUAGCAGAUCCAGUAGCCAGUGGCAACUGUACUGCGACAGCUUACACGGGGACAACGCGACAGCCAGAGGACGCAUGUACAGAGGGGCACUCCCAUGCAUGUAGCUCGCAUUCUUCUCACAAUUCCCAGCACACCGAAGAUGAGGAAGGCGAGGCCCUCUUCAAGGGUUUUACCUACGAUGAACGCCUCCAGGGGACCUGGGGCAAAGCGGCAACAUCUCCGGACGACCCCUACGAUUUCUAG